GCCAGAGCCUACCAACAUCGAGCUGCCUUUGCUAGUGUCAACUAGGGUGGAAGACUGACAGUCGGCCGUCGGAGCUGCAGUCUGCCUGCUUUCCGCGCGGUCCGAGACCCUGUCUCCCCGGCACCCGAAGCCCCGGAGUUCAGAGAAUAGCUCCUUAGCCUUUAGGUGCGGCUCCUGUCACCCUGCGAGGCGCGGACCCGCGUGGGCUACGGUCAAGGCCGGCCCGGGCCCCGCCCCUCGGGGCGGCUCUGCGCAUGCUCGGCGGUGCGGCCGGCAGAGCGGGCGGCGGAGACCUGGAGACCCCCGAGGGAUGGAAGCGCCGGCGCCGGCGGAGGCGGCGGGAUGCGAGGAGCUCGAUAUGGACGUGAUGAGGCCCUUAAUAAACGAACAGAAUUUCGAUGGGUCGUCCGACGAGGAGCAGGAACAGACGCUCCUGCCCAUGCAGAAACACUACCAGCUCGAUGGGCAGCACGGGAUUUCGUUUGUGCAGACCUUGAUGCACCUUCUCAAGGGGAACAUUGGAACCGGCCUCUUAGGGCUUCCCUUGGCAAUAAAGAACGCGGGCAUCGUGCUUGGACCAAUCAGCCUUGUGUUUAUAGGAAUUAUUUCCGUCCACUGUAUGCACAUAUUGGUACGUUGCAGUCACUUUCUAUGUCAGAGGUUUAAGAAGUCAACGUUGGGGUACAGUGACACCGUGAGUUUUGCCAUGGAGGCUAGCCCGUGGAGUUGUCUUCAGAGGCAGGCAGCGUGGGGGCGGAGCGUGGUCGACUUCUUUCUGGUGAUAACACAGCUGGGAUUCUGCAGUGUCUAUAUUGUCUUCUUAGCUGAGAAUGUGAAACAGGUUCAUGAAGGACUCCUGGAGACCACAGUGGUCGUUUCGAAUAGCUCGGAUCCGUCUCAUGCCUGUGAGAGGAGAAGUGUGGACCUCAGGGUCUACAUGCUCUGCUUUCUCCCACUUCUAAUUCUCUUGGUGUUCAUUCGAGAGCUGAAGAGUCUCUUCGUACUUUCAUUCCUUGCCAACAUUUCCAUGGCUGCCAGUCUCGUGAUAAUUUACCAGUAUGUUGUUAGGAACAUGCCGGAUCCCCACAACCUUCCGAUAGUCGCAGGGUGGAAGAAAUACCCACUGUUCUUCGGUACCGCUGUGUUUGCUUUUGAAGGCAUAGGCGUGGUGCUGCCACUGGAAAACCAAAUGAGAGAGUCCAAGCGCUUCCCUCAGGCGUUGAACAUUGGCAUGGCCAUCGUCACGGUGCUAUACAUCAGCCUGGCCACGUUAGGCUACAUGUGUUUCCGCGAUGAGAUCAAAGGCAGCAUAACACUGAAUCUUCCCCAGGACGUGUGGUUGUAUCAGUCAGUGAAAAUCCUGUAUUCCUUUGGCAUUUUUGUGACCUAUUCUAUUCAGUUCUAUGUCCCAGCAGAGAUCAUUAUCCCCGCAGUCACUGCUAGACUUCAUGCCAAAUGGAAGCGCAUCUGUGACUUUGGGAUACGGUCCCUCUUGGUUAGUAUCACCUGUGCUGGCGCGGUUCUCAUUCCCCGCCUGGACAUUGUGAUCUCCUUCGUGGGGGCUGUGAGUAGCAGCACACUAGCCCUGAUCCUGCCCCCGCUUGUGGAGAUCCUGACGUUUUCCAAGGACCAUUACAACGUAUGGAUGAUCCUGAAGAACAUUUCCAUAGCGUUCACUGGGUUCGUGGGCUUCUUGUUGGGCACGUAUGUCACCGUUGAAGAAAUUAUUUAUCCAACUACAGCAGUUGCUGAUGGCGCCUCCCAGAGUCUCUCUCUGAACGUGAACUCUACAUGCGUAUCAAGUGGUUUGUAAUAGUGGGAGAAGAGCGGUGAACCCUCGGUUGUCACCCCAGUUCCAACAGCAAUCAAGGACGGGUACAGUGUAUCGCCAUACACUAAACACAGUGCCAAACUCCUGUUUUUGUCGGCAGAGUAUUGUAAUUUGACUGUGAACUGACAUCUUUUGCAGCUGUGAUAACCUAUAGCAGAUUAUUGCUUUUAUCUAAUGACAAUGAAACAUUUUAAAUUAGCUUUGAAGACUGAAAAAGUUUAAAAUUCAAAACGUAAACAAUAAGCAUAGCCUGAUAUUCUUUGUUUCUGUAAGAAAUGCUUUGGGUCAUCUUUCUUACCACCAUUGAGAAGACAAAGGAUUUCAACAGGGUAUAAAUUAAACAGAGGCAUAGUUUUAAAAACCUCUUGGAAGCAUCCCACAAUAGCAGUGUUUACCUCCUGUGUACGUGUGCACAAAAAUGCACUGAUGGUGUUUUCUUCCGUGGGUGAUGCUGCUGACGGGGCGAUGCCUUGGAGGGAUGGCAGAUUCCCACUGACCACCGUGUGAGCAGUACAGCGUUCCCAGAGCCAGAGUCGCUUUAUUG